UCAUUAAGGGUACACAAAAAUGUCUAUUACAUUUUCAUGACAGUAUAGCCAACAUUUGGUUGAAACAUCGAGGUGAGCUUUCGAUUUGCAAUUGCAUUUUGUAAAGGGGUGUUACUUGUGCUACGUACGUAUAGUAUGCCAUUUUAAACCUUUGUUUUCCUACAGGGUAUUACAGUUUGAUCAUUUCAUGGGGAAGAGUACACAAUAUCCUCCCUGUCCCUCAGUACAGACGGUUCUUCCUCUUCACUAACCAGCUCAAAACAUACUAUACGUAUAUUUGUCAACAUGAACAAGCGUGCAGAUGACUCAACCACCAUAAGACACACCAGCAUCAACCAAGGAUCUGAAUACCGCUCACAGUUCAACAAAACAGUAACGUGGAGAACAGAGAACCUUCUACUCAAUACAUCAAAACCAAUGGAGCUCAUUGUUGACCACAGACGCCAUCCAUCGCCCAGAAUUCCUGUGUACAUCCAAGGUGAACCCGACUCCAUCUCUGAGGCAUCCAAACUCCUAAAAUGGAAAAUGAACGCAGCCUACAUCCAUAAGAAAGCCCAGCAAAAGCUUCUCCAUCUCCGACAGCUCAAGAGGUUCAGAGUGGAAAUUUUGGAUGCUAGGACCAAACAGCAACUGUGCUUUAUGGACAAGGUUGAUCCACACUCAACCAUAGGAGAAGUAAAGAGUCUCUUUCACAAGUCAUACCCGAAAUGGUACCCGUCCAGACAGGCACUGAAGCUGGACCCCAAGGGUAAAGCCCUCAGAGAUGAAGACGUGCUCCAGAACCUUCCGGUUGGUACCACGGCAACCAUGUACUUCAGAGACCUGGGCCCCCAGCUAGGAUGGACGAUGGUGUUCUUGGCUGAGUACAUGGGGCCUCUCCUCAUCUACCUCCUCUUCUACUUCCGCGUGCCCUACAUCUACACGGACAAGUUUGCCUUCACGGCCAGCCCAUAUCCCGUGGUCAGUCUGGCCUGUGCUUGUCACUCCUUCCACUACAUCAAGAGGUUAAUUGAAACUAUAUUUGUGCAUCGUUUCUCUCACGGCACCAUGCCACUGAGGACAAUAGCCAGGAAUUGUGCCUAUUAUUGGGGCUUUGCUGCCUGGUUGGCGUAUUACAUCAACCACCCUCUCUACACACCUCCAUCAUAUGGAGAGAUGCAAGUUAACUAUUCACUCUUGGUGUUUAUACUGUGUGAAGCCGGGAAUUUCUCCAUCCAUUUGACCUUGAAUAACCUCAGAGGAGAAGGGCCCAAGAUCAGAAAGUUUCCCAGCCCGACCAAGAACCCCUUCACUUGGCUUUUCUUCUUUGUGUCCUGCCCCAACUACACGUAUGAGGUUGGAGCUUGGGUUAGCUUCUCCAUCAUGACUCAAUGUGUCCCAGUGGCCCUGUUUGCAUUUCUGGGCUUCAUCCAAAUGACCAUCUGGGCAAAGGGCAAACACAAAACCUACACCCGCGAGUUUAAGGACUACCCCAACCUACGGAUGCCAAUCCUGCCUCUCAUCCUAUGAGGGAAAAAAAAAAACAGAGACCAAGAGAAAAAGACAUAAAAGCAGUUGAGAGAUGCAGUGGAGGCAAGAAAGACAGAACAGGGACUCCCAGAGCAACCUCUACCAACUUUUGAUUGACAUCCCAGCGGUUUCGUCUUCAACAGGAAGUUCAGCAAUUGCCGCAGCUGGGUCCAUCAAAACGCCCCGGCGGUCUCCCAGGAGCUGCCGCACAGGUUGACAGACAGCGAGGAAAUGGCUGCAGGUGGUCCACAAAGCCACAUGGCGCUUUUCAAAAGAUGGAACUGAACACCCAUGCAUUCUGCAGCUUUACUUCGAGAAAACAGGGGAAACAGCUGCUCUGACAAUGGACCUGUGUUACUUAGUGUGUGGCAUUUAUGUAGACUCUCUGGGUGGUGUAAUCACUGAGAGAGAGAAUAGAGACUAAGUGGAUUUUGCAUUUUUUGACUCGCAUCCUGAAACUGAAACUGAAGAGCUUUGCUGUUGGAACUAUAUUUUUUUCAAAACUACAGUCUCUAUUUUAGAAUCAUGGGGCAUGAAAUAAUGUGGGAAAGGGGGAAAUUAAGGUAUUCUAACUUUUGAACAAAGCCCUCAGGACUUUUUUUAUAUGACAUCCUGAAUUAGAAAAAUUGGUGAAUUUUUACAAAUCCUUACAAUAUAAUGAAAAAAUACAUAGAACUUUAAAACUUUGUGUGUGUGUGUGUGUGUGUGUGUGUGUGUGUGUGUGUGUGUGUGUGUGUGUGUGUGUG